UUACGCUCGUCAUUCACAGGGGUUGAGUGCAUCAAGAUGGCCAAGAAACUUCACUACUUGAACAUAAACGGCAUUGCCGAGUCUAUCAGGUACAUCCUCCACUAUGGGGGGCAGAAGUUUGAGGAUAUCAGGUACGAGCUUUCGGACUGGCCUAUUAAGAGCGUGAAAGACUCACUCCCAUACGGCCAGUUGCCCCUGUACCAGGAGGGCAACAAAUCCCUGAACCAGUCGCUGGCGAUCGCCCGCUACCUGGCCAGCCAGCACAAGCUCCUGCCCACCGACCCCUGGGAACAGGCCGUGCUGGACGCCAUCGUCUUCAACAUCUACGACUUCUGGACCAGUAAUAAAAUCGUCACCUUCAUCAAGGAGACUGAUGCUACUCGGAAGGAGGCCAUUAAAAAAGAAAUCAUUAACGAAUCAGUUGAUUUCUUCUUCUCUCGCUUCGAAAAGGAACUGAAAGCCAACAAGGGCUUCUUCAACGGCAAGCUGAGCUGGGCCGACUUCAUCCUGGUUGGCAUCGUGGAGAGCGCCAACCUGUUCCUUGGCACGCAGAUCGAGAAGCAGUACCCCAGCGUGAGCGCGCUCGUGCAGACCGUGCGCGCGCUGCCCGGCGUCAAGGACUACCUCGCCACUAGGAAACCGUACACGUUGUAA